AUGAUGGUCGAAGAAGGAUAUCACGACCUCCAGUCUAUAACGGGCCUCUCUGACCCCGUGGACACGACGAAGCCGUACGACCCGUCUUCCCUUUCUUCCAAGACGGUACUUAUCACCGGAGGUUCUCUUGGUAUCGGCGCCGCCCUUGCCCAGGAGUGGGCUUCCCACGGAGCCAAUAUUAUCAUCGGCGACAUCAAGGCCGCAGAAGGUGAAGCCCUCAUCGCCACCCUUCGCACCAAGCACCCCAAGGGCUCUCACCACUUUCUCACAUGCGAUGUUACGUCUUGGGACUCGCAGGUUGCAUUUUUCAAGGACGCCGCACGCCUGCCCCCCAAUGGAGCUAUUGAUGUUGUCGUCGCCAACGCCGGCAUCAACCUCGUCGCCGCGAACCAGGCCUUCGACAACCCCGUCCCGUCCAAAUCGGACCCGGACGCACCCCGUGAACCGUCUACAAAGACCAUUAAUGUCAACAUCACGGGUAUGAGCUACACCACGCACCUCGGCAUGUUCUGGCUCCCGCGUAACGGCAAGAGGGACGACGCCAAAGACACCGCGAAAGACAGGUGUAUCCUGCUCCUCGGCUCCGUCGCCGGCGUGGUCCACCUCCCCGGACAGACGCCGUAUGCAAUGUCCAAGCACGCCGUGACGGGACUAUUCCGCGCCAUGCGCGCGACGGCGUAUAUGACGCACCGCGUGCGGCUGAACAUGAUAUGUCCGUACUUCAUCAGCGAGAGCAACAUGUUCCCCGCUGCGGGCGAGGCCGUCCUGCUCGGGGGCAGCGCAGGCGGCGCCAAGUUCGAGGAUGUGGUUGACGCUGCGACGCGGCUUGUCGCCGACGAGAAGGUUAUCGGUAGGGCGUUGCUCGUGGGUCCAAAGGUCGCGGAUAAGGAGAGGGGGAUCGACCAGGAGGUUGCGGCGUGGGAUGUGUAUGCUCAUGAUUACAAGGACUGCGAGGCCUUUGUGUGGCGGUGGGUGAGGAUUUUGAACACGGUCGAGUCGAUGAAGGGUUGGUUUGACUGGGUCAAGGAUUGUUUUGGUAUUUUGGUCCGGAGGUGA